AUGCCGAAGAUCUCGCGCCAUCGCAACUACCGCAAGACGUACCGCACGCCGUCUCGUGCCUUUGAAAAGGAACGUCUCGACCAGGAGCUCAAGCUCUUGGGCGAGUACGGACUCCGUUGCAAACGCGAGAUUUGGCGCGUGCAGUACGCGCUCUCGAAGCUCCGUAAAGCGGCGCGGGAGCUGCUGACGCUGGACCCGAAAGACCCCAAGCGACUGUUUGAAGGCUCGGCGCUGCUGCGUCGUCUCAAGCGCUACGGCAUGUUGUCGGAAGACGAGAACGAACUGGACUUUGUCCUGCGUCUGAACGUGCAGAAGCUGCUCGAACGCCGUCUCCAGACCAAGGUGUUCAAGCAGAACCUGGCCAAGUCGAUCCACCACGCGCGAGUGCUGAUCAAACAGCGCCACAUUCGCGUGGGCAAGCAGCUCGUGGACGUGCCGUCGUUCCUUGUACGCAUGGACUCGGAGAAGCACAUUGACUUUGCUGUCACGUCGCCGUACGGACAAGGACGUCCAGGACGUGUUGCGCGUCGUCGUGCAGCGCAGCGUGCAGCUGCUGGUGCAGGAGACGAGGACGACGAGUAA